AUGACUACUAGUUCUAGGAGCAGGAGGCCGCAGGUCAAGAAGGCUUCGCUGGAUAGGCCGCCGUCGAUUGUGGUUAAUGGAGAGGGCGAAGAGGACGCUCCUUUGGCGGAGAGCGUGCGUAGCGCUGAUUGGGAAAUUGUGGCUGAUGAUUCUGAGGACGAUGAUUCCGAUGGAGUCGUGAUUGAUGUGGAGAACCAGAAUGCUGAUAGAACAGAAGCUUCCGAUAGCACCAUGUUUCGUCGAUGGAGUAACUCUCACCACAGUGAGGAAGAUGACUCGCUGCAGUUUGAAUCUAAGAUCAUGGGCAUCGGAGGCAAAGUCGGCAGGAAUUACAGCGGGAGUGAUUCGACUUCGUCGACUUUCGUCGGGACACUUCAUCCCGGAACGCCUGGUCCUCGAGGCCAGUACAUGGUUCCAAGCAGUUACAGUUUCCCAAGGUCGAUGAGUACUCCCUCAAGGAAGAUUGAAGGGAGUUCGGCCACGUCUGGUGGUUCCAGAAGCAGUGGUUUCCCAAAGUCCAGGACUAUGGUGGGCCCUGAUGCUCAUUCAGGAUCUUCGGUUCUCAUCUGCCACAAGUGCGGGGAGCAAUUCAAGAAGUUGGAUGCUGUUGAAGCUCAUCAUCUCUCCAAACAUGCUGUAACUGAACUAAGUGAUGGAGAUUCAUCCAAAAGGAUAGUGGAAAUAAUCUGCCAAACGAGCUGGUUGAAGUCUGAGCACAGCAGUUGUGAACAGAUUGAGAGGGUUGUGAAGUACUUCUUGGAUGCUAAGACUUUUCAAAAGGUUAAGUUUGUGUACCUGAAGAACAACGACAGUGUCGAGCUCAUGAGAUCAUUCUUUGAUGAGGAGAACCUUCCUACUGAGUUCGGAGGAAGAGCAAAACUGAAGUACGACCAUGAAGAAUUCUCUAGGCUAAUGGGUUUGAGUUUUUGGCUUUAG